AUGAAGGUAUUGGCGAAACCCAUAUCGAGUCCGGGUCGGGCUGAGAAGUACCCGCCGCCAUUGAUGAGAUUUUUGAGAAGCAAUGUUGGGAGUAAAAGCAGGGGGAAGUCACGUACAAGCCCGAUGUUCGUUAGAAAAAAGAACGCCGCCAUUGAAACCCAGGAGCCUUCUUCGCCCAAGGUUACUUGCAUGGGUCAGGUUCGCGUCAAACGCUCCAAAAAAACCAGUGCGAAACCCGCAAACCCGACCCGACGCCGUCGCCGUGGCCGCUGCUGUAAGUGGAUCAGAAAUGCCGUGUUUUGUCGUCGUUUUCUCAGGAAAGUGAAGGUCAGGCCUGCUUUUCGAUGCUACUGGAAGAAAUGGGGGGCGUUUUUACAAAUGGGGUGUUGUGGAAAUCCCAUAAAUACUGAAGAUUCAUCGAAAUUUGCGGUUGAAGAUUCCAAUCGAGAAGUAGAAGACGAAGAUAAGGGUGAAGAAGAUGAAAAGGAAGCUAAGAUUUUCUUAUCUUCUUCGAGUUCAUCACCACCCAAAACUGCAUUGAUUUUAACACGUUGUCGGUCUGCUCCGUACAAAUCUUCUUCUCUAGCUUGUAGGUUCUGGGGAUCGCCAUUGGCUAACCGAGACAAAAAUGACGAAGAAACAGGAAACAAAGCUAUAGGAUUUGAACUAGAAGAAGAAGAUAAACCCUGUUCGAAAACAGAUUCCAUUUGCAGAGACUCGGAUCCGGGGACCGAAUGGAUAGAAGAACCGAAGAAAACCCAGAUUUUCUCGAGGGUUUUGGAGAGGAAAAUGUAG